AUGGACACCAGUAAUCCUAUUUCGAGUUGCCAGCAGCCGCCGGACGACGCGUCCGGGCCCGGGUUCUUCUCCGGCCGGUGCAUCAUCGUGAACGGUCCCGUGAUCGUGGGGGCCGGCCCGUCCGGCCUGGCGGUGGCGGCAUCCCUUUACCUUCAGGGCGUCCCGUUUGUUGUCCUGGAGCGCGCCAGCUGCGUGGGCUCCCUUUGGCAGAGCCGCACGUACGACCGCCUAUCCCUCCAUCUCCCCAAGCACUUCUGCCGCCUUCCACACCUCGACUUUCCCCCAGAAUUCCCGGAAUACCCCUCCCGGGCACAGUUCAUCACCUACCUCGAGUCGUACGCCACCCGCUUCAAGAUCCACCCAAGGUUCGGAGAGGCGGUGAGUCGGGCGGAGUAUGACGACGCUUGCGGUCUCUGGCGGGUCACGACGUCGUCCGACACGGAGUACAUGUGCCGGUGGCUGGUUGUGGCCACCGGGGAGAAUGCCAACAAGGUCGUGCCGGAGUUUGAGGGGUUGGGGGAUUUCGGAGGGAGCGUGAUGCACGUGUGCGAUUACAAGUCGGGAGAGGCUUUCGCCGAUAAACGAGUGCUCGUGGUCGGCUGCGGGAAUUCGGGCAUGGAGGUCUCGCUCGAUCUCGCGCAUCAUGGGGCCUUGCCGACUCUCGUCGUCCGGAGCGCCGUUCAUGUGUUGCCAAGGGAAAUAUUGGGACGGUCAACGUACGGGCUAGCGAGCUGGUUGACGAAAUGGGUUCCGGUUCGGCUGGUGGACCGGAUCCUGCUGGCAGCAUCAAGGUUGAUCCUCGGGAGAACAGAGGAUUACGGGCUUACAAGGCCCGCAAUGGGCCCGUUGGAGCUCAAGAGCACGCAAGGCAAGACCCCGGUUCUCGACGUGGGUGCAUUCCCCAAGAUCAAAUCGGGCCACAUCAAAAUCGUGCCUGGAAUUAAGAAAUUCUCACAACAUGGGGUCGAGCUCGUCAAUGGCCACAUUCUUGAUCUCGAUUCGGUUAUUUUGGCCACCGGCUACUCGAGCAAUGUUCCUUCAUGGCUAAAGGAAAGCAAGUUCUUCUCGAAAGAUGGGUUUCCGAGGCCUCCCUUUCCAAACGGGUGGAAAGGGCAAGACGGGCUUUACGCGGUUGGUUUCGGGAGAAGGGGUCUCGCGGGUGCAUCUGUGGACGCCGUCAAAGUCGCGAAAGAUAUCGGGAGGAUUUGGAGUCAAGAGACAAUGCAGAGAAAGUCAUACUCUAAGAUGCACUGA